AUGUCAACGAUUCUGGUUGUCGGGGCCACCAGAGGUCUGGGUGCCAGUCUGGUUAAGCAGUAUGCGGCGACUGCCGCCAACGUCGUGUAUGGAACUGCUCGGUCUAACGCGAUCCCCUCUGGGUUUCCGGAACACGUCAAGUGGCUCAACGGCGUCGACUUGACCAAGAGUUCUGUUGGAGACGACAUUGUCAAGCUUCUCGGCGACGCCAAGCCCUUGUCAACACUUAUAAUCACCGCUGGCCACUUCUCCACAGAGGACAUCAGCGCUGAAAAGGGCCCAAAUUGGCAUGAAGAGCUCCAAAUGUACACGACUAGUUCCGUUGCACCAGUCUUUAUUGUCCACCGGCUUGUUCACGCUGGGCUGCUGCACCAAGGGUCCAAAGUUAUCUUGGUGUCUUCCGAGGCUGGGAGCAUAGGGCUCCGCCACGAGAAGGAGGGCGGUGGCAACUAUGCUCAUCAUGCUAGCAAGUCGGCGCUCAACAUGGUUGGCAAGCUACUUAGUUUGGACUUGAAGGAGAAAGGCGUGAUAAUCAGUAUUGUCCAUCCUGGAUUUAUGCGCACCGACAUGACGAAAGGAGUCGGCUAUGACAAAUACUGGGACGCUGGAGGCGCUGUCACAUCCGACGAAGCCGCCUCGACCCUUAUCCAGUGGACUGAUCAUGUAGAUAUUUCCAAAACUGGGGAGUACUGGGCGCCCAGAGGGCCAGGUCAGUGA